AUGACUCGCAACAUCCUAAUCGCCCUACUCCGGAAUGACCUUCGGCUUCAUGACCAUCCCAUCUUGCAUCUUUGUUCCGACCCCACCCCCUCCAACGCACAGUUUCAACAACCCGUGACUCACGUUCUCCCCGUCUACGUCUUCGAUCAACGCCAUAUUGAGCUAUCCGGAUUCCCCUCUCUCAUCAAAGCUGAUCGUGCCUCUGGAGGAAAAGGCUCGACCCAAUUCGCCAAAACGCGCCAACUAGGCUUGUGGAGAACUGGAGUCCACCGAACCAAGUUGAUCAACCAAUCUCUCUUCGACCUCAAACAAUCUCUCCGUUCCAUCGGAAGCGAUCUGUCGAUCUUCGCUGGAACUCCGGAAGCUGUUGUGCCCGGGCUGAUCAAGGGUAUUCGAGACUCUGGGGAUACGGUGGAAGCAGUGUAUUUGGGUAGGGAGGUCAAUACGGAAGAGGUGGAUGUGCAGAAGCGACUGGAUACGCUUCUGGGCCAACUGCAGUGUCCGAUCAAGCUGUUUGAGGGCAAAAGUUUGAUCCAUUCCACAGAUUUGCCCUUUCCUGUGGAACAGCUUCCGGAUGUGUUUACGCAUUUUAGGAAACAGGUUGAAAGGCCGGAUAUGUUUAGAGAGCCAGUGCAGGCUCCCAGUAAGCUGAAACCUUUUCCUAAGGACGUAAGCAUCCCUGAUUCCGCCGGGGUCUUUUCCCUCUCUACAAAGAAGGAGGAGGAGGUGGAAAAGCAUCUACUCAAACCUCUAAUCGAACAACCAGCGCUGGCUCAUAACGAGUUGCUAAGUAAGGUAUUCAACCAGUCUACGGGCCAAGUGAAUGUUGCUCACUCUGCAUUCCCCUACAAGGGUGGAGAAACAGAAGCAUUGAAGCAACUCGACUACUAUUUUGCAGGUGGAAAGCGUUCCCCUGGUGCAUCGUACAAAGAAACUCGAAACCAGAUGUUGGGUGCAGGCUACAGUACAAAAUUCGCUGCCGCCCUCGCUCAUGGCCUUCUCUCGCCCCGACUCAUCGCUCAGAAAGCCAGCGAACUGGAUCAAGCCACUGGCACAGCAAACGCAAAGGGAGGAGGUUAUUGGAUCAUCUUCGAGUUGCUCUGGCGAGACUACUUUUAUUUCGUCGGAUGCAAGUUCGGUUGGCAUCUCUUCACUCUCGGUGGUAUUGAAGAGGUUCUAUCUCCCGAGCGUGCUCGAUCGAAAGCUUACGAUUGGAAGCAUUCCAACUCACUCAGUGACCAGAAAGACCCGUUUGUUAGGUGGGCAACAGCAAAAACAGGUGUGCCCAUGAUCGAUGCCAACAUGAUCGAACUCGUUCAGACCGGGUUCAUGAGCAAUAGAGGAAGACAGAACGUAGCAUCCUUUCUCACAAAGGAUCUCGGCUGGAACUGGAGAUACGGAGCGGAAUUUUUCGAAACUUGGUUGGUCGAUUACGAUCCCAACUCCAACUGGGGCAAUUGGCAGUAUGUUGCAGGCGUUGGCAAUGAUCCAAGGAGUUCGAGACAGUUUAACCCGAUCAAACAAGGCAAGGAUUACGAUAAUAGGGGAGAGUAUGUUGCUACUUGGAUCACUCAGUUGAAGCUGGUGGGUGAGCAGUUUAGACAUCAUCCUUGGACGCAGACGGGAGGUGCAGAAUUGCGAGAUUACCCAAGUCAGCCCAUGUUGGAGCAACAGAUGUGGCAUAAGCAUUACUCCAACCUUGGUCGUGGAGGAGACCGAGGUCCCGGUAGAGGAGGUCGUGGUAAUGGAGGUCGAGGUCGUGGUAGAGGAGGUCGUCGAGGCGGAGGAAACAGACAUUAA